AUGUGCCAGUUUUCAAUCUCAGAGUACGCCUCUUGUGGCCACAUCGUCUUCGAAAGGCCAGAGCCCUGCCUGUUCAAGGGUUCCGAGCUGCUAUGUGAGUCCUUCCCCAUGAAAGAGAACCGCUACCGGCACCUCUGUCCCAGAUGCACCAUGUUCCCAAUCAGCCGGGCCGACACCAUCUUCCCUCCGCAGUCCCACCUCCGGAAGGCCUACUCCCUGCCCACGCUCAGCAACAGCAUGUGGAGGCCGUUCAGGCCUCGUUCGCAGACGCCGGUGGACUGGCGCCGCACGCGCAUGGUGCAGAAGCUCCUGGUCGACCGCGUCAAGGAGCAGGUGUCCGACAGGGCGAGGAAGGUCGGGGUGGAGCCCGCCGAGAUGCCCGUGCCGAGCGCGCUGCUCUGGUGCAUCAGGGAGGAGGGUGAGGAGGUGGGCAGUCUGAACUGGGGCGCCGAUACGACGGCUGACCGGGCGUCUUGUGCGAGUAGGUCUGACAAGGCUCUGGAUUGGUGCUGGAUCACAGAGGACUCUGUGGCCAAGGCGGCGGCGGUUGGAAUGGACAAUGGUGUAUGCGAAACCAAACGGGCGAUGACGGCAAAGGGAGCUUCUGUGACCGAGCCUACACCGAGCAAGUACAUCUACCAUGAUUAG